AUGCAAUAUACUUUCGGCCGCCGGUGGCGCUGUGUGUCCUGCCGGCGCCUGUUCCGCGCGCUGAUUGGUCGAGCCGGGAACCUGAGUGAGACAGACGGACGCUGUGCGCCUGCGCGACACAGAGACCCCGCUGAUCGCAACUGCUCCUGCUUCUGCUACGCCGCCAACGACAUCGACUGCAGGAGAAGGUCCAGGCAUCAGGACCUGAAAGAGCUGUCUAACCAAAAGUCCUCCUGCGCUGGGACCACAACUCGACCACUACGAUGGGUUUUACUGUUUCUAUUCCCGUUUCUCAGCCAUCAAGUUUUUUCUGAAUAUUUUUCACUGAAGGUUGAGUCUCCAGUCUCAGGGCUCCUUGGUUCCUCUGUGUCUCUACACUGUGCUGUCACCAACAACAUGGAUGUUCGACCCAUGGAAGUGCGCUGGUACCGUCCCAAUAUGUAUGACACCCCGGCUCUGUUCUACAGAGACACAGAGAUCCAGAAGAGUCCUGUAGAUGUUCAGUACCAGGGCAGAGUGUUCCUGUUAGGAGAUCUGGAGAAAGGAGACGUCUCUGUGAAACUGGAGAACCUGAUGCUAACAGAUAGAGGAGACUAUGUGUGUCAUGUGAAAAGUGAUAUCUGGUUCGAUAAGGCCACAGUGUCCCUCAGACUGAGAGUGGUGGGAUCCACUCCUGUCCUCUCCAUAUGUGAAGCAGGAGAAGGGAAGGUGAAUGUUAGCUGUCAGUCACAUGGUUGGGUUCCUGAGCCGUCAAUCACCUGGACAGAUAAAGAUGGGAGAGAUCUGAAACAUCUCAGUAACGACAAGUUCACCAACAACUCUGUAGGGACUGCAGAUGUGAGCUCGUGGCUGAUUGUGUCUCCCUCUGAGUCUGAGUGGAUCUCCUGCUCUGUGGGUUUGUCUGAUCAGGAGAGAAAAGAAGACAGAAUAAUGUUACACGUCCCUGCACGUGACACAGAGUCGUUGACUGGAUACAUCAUCAUCAUCAUUCCCGUUCUUCUGGUGCUGUGUGUCGUCGGAAUUGCAGUUUGCUCUUUAAGACAGACACAUGUAUGUCUGAUUCUCUCCAGGAGAAAAGGGACAGAAAAAGAUUUAUUUACUUAUAAAACAGCAGGAACUCAGUCAGAAACUGAACCUCUGAAUAAAAUCCGUGUGGAGAAUCAGGAUCAGACUGACGCUCCAUCUACAGGUACAGUUCCUCACGCUGUGGUUGUAGAUUUAGACCAAGUGAAACAAUACAAAGUGAACAUCAGCAUCGACCCAGAGAAAACUCCAGAGUCUCUAAUAUACGAGGGAAAGGAAGUGAAGAGACGUCCUGCGUACGCUUACUCGGGCUGGGGCAAUCCUGAUAAUGUUAAAAUCUUCACUCUGUGUAAAGAGAGGUUUCAGGCUGGUAAACAUUACUGGGAGGUGAAACUGAGAGAGUCACAGAAAAUAGUAAAACACUCCUGGUUUGUUGGUGUAGCGAGUGAUGAAGCUAAGAGAAAAUACAAUGUCCCGUCUACACCACAGGAUGGGUUCUGGGUUCUCUGUUAUGAAAAAGGAGAUAAAGGAGUUUAUAUCAGAGAUCAAACAGAAGUGAUUUCACUCCCAGACGUUAAUAAAGAGCUGACAGCAGUGGGAGUGUUUUUAGACUGUGAUACACACACACUGUCAUUUUAUAAUAUUAAUACACACUCACACAUCUACACUUUCACUAAUGUGGACGUCAGAACAUCACUGCGUCCUCUGAUCAGCCCUGGAGUCAGAGACCCUCAUCCUGUAUGGAUUAUUUAGGAGAAUAAAGACAUCUGUAAUAUGAUGAUGUGUGAGUUUAUAAUGCAUUUAUAUAAAGUGUGUAUACAUACUGUACAUAACACACUCCUAAUUAAAACCAGAGCUUAAAACCAGACAGGAAAAAGGAGAGAUUUGGACUUUAAGUGUGGGACAUGAUGUCCACACCGAGUGUCUCACUAUUACUGCUAAACUACAGCUGGACUUCUGAUGGCUGGGACUCUUAUAUCGCUUAUUGUGCCGCGUCACCUGGAUUAUCUGCACAUGUUCAUUUACUGUAGUCUCAUUUUAUUGUGACUUUAAACACAGAAAAUAAGACGUGUGGAAAGGAUUUGUUUGUAAAGUUCAUAUAAUGAGGUUCAUAAGUCAUGUGUUUAAUACAUGGAGCAACUGAAUAUUUUAAUAUGAAUGGAGUAAAUCACUGUAACAGAAGAACAUUAUAAUUUAAAAAGUCUCUUUUUAGUCACCACACCCUGUACACCCCCCUACACAUUUAUAUUAGAUACGGGAUGUUCGGGUCCACUGGACAAAUAAAAGUGUGAAAAUUGUAGGUCCUGUGUAC